GAUACGAGGAGCCGGGGGCGAUGGAGACUCCCAGACGUCAGCAGAAGUUUCUCACCUUGGAAAGCUAGGGACGCUUCUGCACCUCCAGCACAGCUCCACCUCCGCGCAGGGGGAGGGCCCCAAGCCAUUCCUUCCACCUCGUCACAUUUGGUGGGGGAGUGCUGAGAGCCACUAUCAUUGGUGGUCUUCCUUUUAUGCUGUCUGCCAGGAGAAAGAGGCGAGGGACAACUUGGUGCUGGGGAGCUGACCUCCAGCGCUGCGGGCCUCCGGAGAGGUCGGGCCGGAGAGGAGCGGCCGGGGCUGGGGACUCCAUGCGGGGCCAUGGACAGAGCGGCGGUCCUGGCCCUGCCCCGCCUGUGCGCGCUGUGGGCGGCCCUGCUCGCGCUGUUCCCCUGCGGAACCCAAGGAAACUGGAUGUGGUUGGGCAUCGCCUCCUUUGGGGUUCCGGAAAAGCUGGGUUGCACCAACUUGCCGUUGAACAGCCGCCAGAAGGAGCUGUGCAAGAGGAAACCGUACCUGCUGCCCAGCAUCCGCGAGGGCGCCCGGCUGGGCAUCCAGGAGUGCAGGAGCCAGUUCAAGCACGAGCGAUGGAACUGCGUGGUCGCCGCCGCCGGGCCCGCGCUGGGCACCAGUCCCCUCUUUGGCUACGAGCUGAGCAGUGGCACCAAGGAGACAGCAUUUAUUUAUGCUGUGAUGGCUGCAGGCUUGGUCCACUCUGUGACCAGGUCAUGCAGUGCCGGCAACAUGACAGAAUGCUCCUGUGACACCACCUUGCAGAAUGGUGGCUCCCCAAGGGAAGGCUGGCACUGGGGGGGCUGCUCCGAUGAUGUCCAGUACGGCAUGUGGUUCAGCAGAAAGUUCCUGGAUUUGCCUAUCAAAAACACCACAGAAAAAGACAGCAAAGUACUGUUAGCAAUGAACCUACAUAAUAAUGAAGCUGGAAGGCAGGCUGUCGCCAAGUUGAUGUCAGUAGACUGCCGCUGCCAUGGAGUUUCUGGUUCCUGUGCUGUGAAAACGUGCUGGAAAACCAUGCCUUCUUUUGAAAAAAUUGGCCAGUCGUUAAAAGAUAAAUAUGAAAAUAGUAUCCAGAUAUCAGACAAAAUAAAGAGAAAAAUGCGAAGGAAAGAAAAAGAUCAGAGGAAAAUACCGAUCCACAAGGAUGACCUGCUGUAUGUUAACAAGUCUCCCAACUACUGUGUGGAGGAUAAAAAACUGGGAAUCCCGGGAACACAAGGCAGGGAGUGCAACCGUACAUCAGAAGGUGCAGAUGGCUGCAACCUUCUCUGCUGUGGCCGAGGCUACAACACCCAUGUGGUCAGGCACGUGGAGAGGUGUGAGUGUAAGUUUAUCUGGUGCUGCUAUGUCCGCUGCAGGAGGUGUGAAAGCAUGACAGACGUCCAUACCUGUAAGUAACCACUCCAUCCUGCCUGGAACAGUAUUCCUCCGCAGAAUGAUGGGAUUACGAGCCAGAGGAUAAGAGGCUUCUUUUUAUUCAGGGCUGGGGAAGAUGACUCUUAUAUUAGAAUUUCCAGAUCCUUGUCCUAUUUGAGGUUUGCAUUACCUGAGUGACAUCCAAUCACACAUCAACCCUGCAUGUUUCUUGGAAUUUUAGAGUUGAAAAGGUUUCCAUUCAUCUUCCGGUGAUUUGGAGGAUAUACAUUGACAUAUUGGGAAGGUAAAUCCUUUUGCUAAGGAAGAAAGAACAGGAAAGAGCCCUCAUGCUGGAGACUUGAUCCAUAAUCGAGAUAAAAUCCUUAACUAUGGAUCUCUGUUAUGGAAAUCAAUAAUGGUGGGUGAACAUUUGUCACUUUUUAAAGGCACCUCUUAUGGCAGCAAAGAACGCAACCGUAAAUCUCAUUUGUUCUCCGUAUUUUAAUUGAAAAAAAUUACAGGAAGUGUUUGUGCAUGGGCAGAUGUUGAAAAGUUAAUCUAAGUGGUGGGUGCCUGCCCUUUCAUGUACAUCAAAAGAACAAUUGAAAAGAACCUUCAUAAGUUAUACAGUACCCCUAAAAAGUAGUUAUUAGAACUGUG